AUGGAGGCUCCGGAGGGCGUGGUGAAGACAGUUAAGGACUUUGCCAAGGGCAGCUACAGGCUGGUCAAGCGCUGCACCAAGCCCGACCGCAAGGAGUUCAAGAAGGUCACCGGCAUCACGGCCUUGGGCUUCAUCGCCGCGGGCUUCAUCGGCUUCUUUAUCAAGCUCAUUUUCAUUCCCAUCAACCAGAUCAUCGUUGGGGGUUGA